AUGAAACGCAUAGAUGAAACCGUGUCAGCCGCAUACCUCGCACAAGGCUCAGACUGGCUGCGAUUCGCGGUCGCGGCCUUGGGCAUGCGCGACUCUCGGGUUCGUGGUCUCGUGUGCGAAGCCCUUGCGGGCAUGCACUCUAUUUUCGAAGAGGAGGAGGAGGCCGCGCGGACCUUUCGGCGUAAGAAAAAUCGGCCGGAGGACGACAAUUACGAGGCGGAAGACGCUGCUGAUGAUGGCAAC